AUGCCAAGUGGCCUACAUUUGCUGAUAUGGCAUGAAAUGAUUAGAAGCUUGGUGAGGCGCUUCUCGCCAACCAUUCCCGUCUCGUUAAAGAAGAUGAAAGCAGCAUAUCAGCAUAUCCUCUACACUUUCGAUUCCUCCAACGAAUCCCUUUCCCUCUUUCCCAUCAAUUCUAAAACCCCCUCACAGAUUUCAUUUGCUCAGCCACCCAUGCCCAUUUCUGUCGCUGUGGCGGGAGGAGUGAUGAGCUCGCUCCGCCGCGUCCACUCCCCACGUGUCAGUUCCCACGUGCUACUCUCCCCUCCUCCUCCGUCGCUGGCUGCUUCCUGUCCACUAGUAUCCACCACCGCCACCAGCUGCUGCUUCUUUCCUAACCUUAAUUUGCAUUCCGGCCGUCACUACCGCCACCGAAAUCAAACGGCGGUGGCCAAGGCGUCGUCUCAGGAAAAGGACAGCCUUAUCCCUUCGGACGACGCCGAAGACGGCGUCUUGCUCGGGACCAUGAAAUUGCCCUCGGAUACCGAUCUUCCCAGAUUCCAAAUUCUACUAUUCCAGUGGGCUAAUAGUCUCUGCCAAGGAGCCAACCUGCCUCUUGAUAUGCCUUUGAAGGUAGACAAAAUUGCAGGUGGGACUAGAUUGGGGUUUGUUACAAUCGGGAAUGCGGAGGUUGAGGUCCCUGUGUACAUAGACUGCUUGGUUUUCCCACCAAGUGACGGCUCUGGCCCUAUUUUCCGAGCUGUCAGAAGCGGACCCUUGAAGGACAAGACACCUCCUGGUGAACCAAGGAUCAUGAGAAAUCUUAUGCAGGCCCUUCAGAAGUCGGUCCAAAUCGCUAGACUGUAAACAAGAUUUUUAUACAUAUGUUUGAGUUGAGAUUAUCUCCACUUUGUUAUGUAAUGCAAAUUUUCUUACUUCUUUAAGUCCAAGACAAGAAAGUCCUUGUUUCUUGUUCAAUUUGUAUGCUUAGUGGUCCAAUGCAAGCCUUGUUUGCUUCAACAAAGUUCAAUGCAGAUUAAGAUGAUCAGGGAUU